AUGGCGACGUCUAAUUUGCUAAAGAACAAAGGCUCGCUUCAGUUUGAAGAUAAAUGGGAUCUGAUGCGUCCCAUAGUACUGAAGCUUUUACGGCAGGAGUCUGUCACCAAACAACAGUGGUUCGACCUCUUCUCAGACGUCCAUGCUGUAUGUUUGUGGGAUGACAAAGGUCCUGCUAAGAUCCACCAGGCCCUCAAAGAGGACAUACUUGAUUUCAUUAAACAAGCACAAGCUCGAGUGUUGAGUCAUCAGGAUGACACAGCGCUGCUGAAGGCCUACAUCGUGGAGUGGAGGAAGUUCUUCACACAGUGUGACAUCCUGCCCAAGCCCUUCUGUCAGCUGGAGAUCACAUUGAUGGGCAAGCAGGGAAGCAACAAAAAAUCCAACGUGGAGGACAGCAUCGUUCGCAAGCUGAUGCUUGACACGUGGAACGAGUCUAUUUUCUCCAAUAUUAAGAACAGGCUACAAGACAGUGCCAUGAAACUGGUCCAUGCCGAGCGACUGGGAGAAGCCUUUGACUCUCAGCUGGUCAUCGGAGUGCGGGAGUCCUACGUGAACCUGUGCUCUAACCCUGAUGACAAGCUGCAGAUCUACAGGGACAACUUUGAGAAGGCGUACAUGGAUUCCACUGAGAGAUUCUACAGAACACAGGCACCAGCCUACCUCCAACAAAAUGGUGUUCAAAACUACAUGAAAUAUGCUGAUUCAAAAUUGAGGGAAGAGGAGAAACGCGCACUGAGAUAUUUGGAAACGAGGCGAGACUGUAACUCUGUGCAAGCAUUAAUGGAGUGUUGUGUGAACGCCCUUGUAACGUCGUUCAAGGAGACCAUCUUGGCUGAAUGUCCAGGCAUGAUCAAACGAAACGAAACAGAGAGUGAGUACGGCCGGACUGCUUCCACCAAAGGCUCAGCCAGCUCAGAGCUCCAUCUGAUGUUCUCUCUGAUGGACAAGGUGCCCAAUGGUAUCGAGCCCAUGCUGAAGGACCUGGAGGAGCACAUCAUGAGUGCUGGCCUGGCAGACAUGGUGGCCUCAGCAGAGACAAUCACCUCAGAUUCUGAGAAAUAUGUUGAGCAGCUCCUCACUUUGUUCAACCGCUUCAGUCGACUGGUGAAGGAAGCUUUUCAGGACGAUCCACGUUUCCUGACGGCCAGAGAUAAAGCAUACAAAGCUGUAGUAAACGAUGCCACUAUAUUUAAAUUAGAACUUCCUAUGAAACAGAAAGGUGUGGGCCUAAAAACUCAACCAGAGUCCAAAUGUCCAGAGCUGCUGGCCAACUACUGCGACAUGUUGUUAAGGAAGACGCCAUUGAGCAAAAAGCUCACGUCUGAAGAGAUUGAAGCCAAGCUUAAAGAAGUGUUGUUAGUGCUUAAGUACGUCCAGAAUAAAGAUGUGUUCAUGCGAUACCACAAAGCCCACCUGACACGGCGUCUCAUUCUGGACAUCUCAGCAGACAGUGAAAUAGAGGAGAACAUGGUGGAGUGGCUCAGGGAGGUGGGAAUGCCAGCUGACUAUGUCAACAAACUGGCCAGGAUGUUUCAGGACAUCAAGGUUUCAGAGGACCUCAACCAGUCGUUUAAAGAAAUGCACAAGCAUAACAAGCUUGCCUUGCCAGCCGACUCUGUCAACAUUAAAAUCCUAAAUGCCGGAGCCUGGUCCAGGAGCAGCGAGAAGGUGUUUGUCUCCCUUCCUACAGAACUGGAAGAUUUGAUACCAGAGGUGGAGGAUUUCUACAAGAAGAAUCACAGUGGCAGGAAGCUUCACUGGCAUCACCUCAUGUCCAAUGGCAUUAUUACAUUUAAAAAUGAGGUGGGCCAGUACGAUCUAGAGGUGACUACAUUUCAGCUAGCUGUGCUCUUUGCCUGGAAUCAAAGGCCCAGAGAAAGGAUCAGUUUUGAAAACCUCAAGCUUGCCACUGAGCUGCCGGACGCAGAACUACGACGCACCCUCUGGUCUCUUGUAGCUUUUCCUAAACUGAAGCGACAGGUUUUGUCGUACGACCCUGUGGUGUCUUCACCAAAAGACUUUGCAGAAGGAACACUCUUCUACGUCAACCAGGAGUUUUCUCUAAUAAAAAACUCAAAGGUACAAAAAAGAGGUAAAAUUAACCUGAUUGGUCGACUGCAGCUCACCACAGAACGAAUGAGAGAAGAGGAGAACGAGGGCAUCGUCCAGCUCAGGAUACUAAGAACACAGGAGGCCAUAAUACAGAUCAUGAAGAUGAGGAAACGCAUCAACAACGCCCAGCUGCAGACGGAGCUCGUGGAGAUCCUGAAGAACAUGUUUUUACCACAGAAGAAGAUGAUCAAGGAGCAGAUCGAGUGGUUGAUCGAUCACAAGUACAUCAAGCGGGACGAGACUGAUAUAAACACCUUCAUUUACAUGGCGUAGCACAAACACCUGGAGGCUGAUGUUGACUUUGGUUCAAGUGGAUCAGGCCUGAUGGACUCUAGACUACUUCCAGGCUUCCCAUCUUCUAUUUAAACUAUGAAAAAAGAAAACAAAUAAAAAUUCUGAACUUGUGCAGGGAGGCAUGAAUUUAAAGACUAAGAGCUAUUUAAAGUAGAACUUCCUGCCUUAAAGUUGUACAAAGAGAAAAAAAGAACAACAAGAAUGCAAGUGUUGCAUUGGGAGUCUGCAUCAAGUGGUUGUAACUGUUUUGACGUGGACAGUUUUCUUUUGUCCAGACGAGGCUGUUCAAUGUGGUCAGGUUUUAAUGGUGUGCUGUUACACCUGCAGCAGCUACUUCAACACUCAUACUCAGUGCUUGUGUGAGUCCAACAGCAUGCUGACAGGAAAUCAACAGUUCUAGUCCAUUUCCAUCCUAAAACAACAGGAACAAGAAAACACAUUCCUCUUUUCCCCGAAGGCGACUUUCCUUCACAUCCCGCAACUGUGCGACGAGGUUGUGACUCUCUGCAGUCAUAAAGCACUUAAGACGUUCUGUGUGUAGAAAAAAAAAAUCCAGACGAGCACUUCUUGGCUCUGCAGGACUGAACCGAACUGCGGAGACUCAUCUCAUGUCCAUACUCUGUCCGCAUCUUAUAAAAAUAGAUAAAACGAGACGAGAUGCGGCAGAAAACACACACACACAGCAUUUUGCUGCUAAGCCAGAGUCCAUUUUCAUCUGCCAAAUGUACCUGACAACCGAGGGGACGAUGGAGUAACACGACAGGAUGUCUGAGAUGACUGAGGUCAGUAUUACACGUGGAAAAUACUACAAGUCAAGGAGAGUGUUUCAUCAGAUGUGAUGAAUGAUAUUAAUAAAUGGCACCUUAUUACAAAAC